UCAAAAAGAAUAACGAAAGGAAAAGUGAACGGAGAAAAGGAAGAAGCUCUCUGUCUUAUACCACUACUUCGUCACACACACAGAUACACUCGCUCCGUCGAUCUCUCUUUCUCUCUCGCGAUCUAGCUCCCAAACCCUACCUCUUGACCUCUUCAACCCCGUUUUCCUCCUUCAAGUUCGUAUGUCUCUUCAAUCUUCGCCAAUUUCUUCCUCCAUUGUUCUGAGAUCACAAAUCGCUACGAUCUCCAUCCGAAAUCCUAACCCUUGCUACUCGAACUCGUCGUCUGAGAGCACAGCAACGGCGACGACGCGGGUUAGUUCAGCCGGUGGAAUCUUCUCUCUCUGGUCUGCUUCGUCGAACUUCAUGUCGCGCCAGCUUUCUAGAAAUGGCGACGUCGAACCCUUUCCAUUUGCGAGGUGACGACGCCGAGGACCCCUCACGGCAAAUCGCCGCGGCGGCAGCAGCGUCUCCACUCAAGAAGGGUUCAGCUGCGGCGGCUCAGCAGCAGCAGCAAACUCAGUUGGCUUCUAAGCCUGUUCCUCCUGCUCAGGCUGUGACAAGGUCUAGGAAUGGGGAGUGGUUGUACAGUGCUUUUCACAAUGUUACUGCUUUGGUUGGAGCUGGAGUGUUUGGAUUUCCCUAUGCGAUGUCUCAACUUGGAUGGUUUGUUAGAUUCCUUUCAUCCAUUUUCCUCGUCAAUUAACUUUAUAUUUUUCUAAUUGAAAUUUUCUUUUUUAAUAUAAGAUUCAGCUAUAAUUUAUAAUUUUCUUUUUUGGUUGGAUGUAUCCUAAAAGCACACCUGAACAUUACUACUAAUCAAAAUUUAUAAUUUUCUUUAAUAAAUAUAUUAAAAAUUUAACUUUACAUGUUUUUCUAUAAAAAUUUUCUUUCUCUUAGGAGUCUUAACAUCACGGUUUUGGUGCUUUCAUGGAUAUGCACGUUAUAUAUGGAUGAUUACUGUUGCAAUGAAUUAGGGCAAUAUGCCUUCAGAGAGAGGCUAGGGUUAUGGAUUGUAGUGCCUCAAAGAUGUUGGUACGGACAUAAUUUAUAUGAUUACUGGUGGAAAUUCCUUGAAGAAGGUCCAUCAGAUUCUUUGCAAAGACCGUAAGCCAAUUAGGACCACUUACUCCAUUAUGAUCUUUGCAAGCCUUGAGUUUCAAUUCCAUCAUUGGUGUAUCUAUUUCUGCAGCCGUCAUGUUCAUCUGGUAAUCACAUAUUUAUUUAUUAAUUAAGACCGUGUUUCAACUUGUUUUGGAGCCAAAAACAAGAAGAUAAAAAUCGGUCAUUAUAUGUAUUUCUAUUUUUCUGGUUUUUAUCUCUAUUUUUCUGUGCUAGAUAGAAUAUCCAAACACAGCCUAAAAGUUUAUAUAUAUUGUAUGCUAAAAUAAUAUUAGUAUGGUAAUUAAUAAUAUUAGUUAAGAACUUGAUAGUUACGUAUAUUUGAAAAUUGCAUCUACUCAACGAUUGCAUGGAUAAGUUCGGUUCAUAAAGGUGCCUUACCAGAUGUGAAAUAUGAUGAAAGAUCUUCAACUACGACGGGGAACGUUUUCGACUUCUUUCCAGUUUGGGGACCAUAGCAUUUGGGUAUGCUGCACACAAUGUGUUACUUGAGAUCCAAGCUUCGACGCCGGAGAAGCCUUCAAAGAAGGCCAUGUGGAAGGGAAUGAUUGCUGCUUACAUUGUUGUGGGUUUGUGCUACUUCUGGGCUUUUGAAAACUCUUACUGAUACAUCCUCAUGUCUCUCGAUAAACCCCACUGUCUCACUGCCGUUGCUAAUAUAUUUGUUGUUCUUCAUGUCACCGGUAAUCAUGUAAAUUAUGUCCGUACCAACGUCCGCUGAGUGUUUGAGACACCACAAUCCAUAACCCUAGCUUCUCUCUAAAGAUAUAUUCCCCUAAUUCAUGGUACCUAUCAAACUAUGCAUAUCCUUGAAAGCACCAAAACCGUGAUGCCAGACCCCUAAGAGAAAGAAAACUUUUAUAGAAAAAUAUGUAAAGUUAAAUUUUUAAUAUAUUUAUUAAAGAAAAUUAUAAAUUUUGAUUAGUAGUAAUGUUUAUGUGUACUUUUAAGAUACUGAUAGCUGAAUGUUAUAUUAAAAACGAAAAUUUAAAUUAGAAAAAUAAAGUUAAUUGAUGAGAAAGAUGGAUAAAAGGAAUAAACGAACCAUCCAAGUUGAGACAUGGCAUAGGGAUCCAAGCACUCCAGCUCCAACGAAAGCAGCUACAUCUUCUCUUUCUCUCUGCAGAUGUGUUAAAUCAAGAGAACUUCAACCAACUGUGUUUAGCAGUAACACUAUUUAUAUAUUGAUAUUUUAUUGAUAUCUUUAUUAUUAUCUUCCAUCUUCUCUUUCUCUAUGCAGGUGUGUUCAAUCAAGAGAACUUCAACCAACUGUGUUCAGCGGUAACAUUAUUUAUAUAUUGAUAUUCUGUUGACAAAAGAUUAAGAAGUAUCGUCUUUCCAUUUAUAAAGUAUAAGAUUUUGUAAAUCUUUUUGUUUUUGUUUUAAUUUAAAUAAAAUUUUUUAUUUAUUAUCUAUCUAUUAAUAUAUAAUGGUUAACUAGCCAAACAGUAAAUUCACACACUAUUUAGCACUGUUAAAUGAUUUCUAAGAGAGUGACAAUUGUCCUCUGUAGUUUUGUUUUUUUCUUCGGUGACAUGCAGUGGAUAACCGUAGCAUUUGAUUGGCUGAUAACACCAUCAUAUGGAUUGCCUUUCACUGAUCAGCCAAAUGUUUUUAUUUCAAAUUCUAAACAAAACUCAUGAGCGGGAAUUUUCCCGCAAAAUUUUUUGAAUGAGUUUUAAACUUUUAAUCUUCUUCAAAAAAAAUUUCGAAUUCAUUAUUUCUCUCUCUCCCCCUCUCUUUUUCCUCAAUUUGUUUCUCUCUCAAUUCAAUCUCACAACCAUUCACGAUUAGAGAAAAUACAGAAGCAAAAAGGAAGACUGGCGUGAGUUGAAUAAGAGGGAAAAGGGAAAGGUCUGCAAGUUUGACGGUGUUGUAGUUGGUUGGUAUGCAUGUUGAGGUUGGUGAACGAAUCCUUCUGUGGGAGAGGAGGCUGAGACCCUCCUGCAGCAGCGGCGGGUUUUGCCUUGGGAGUCGUGUUUAACCGAAGCACGACGCUGUGUUUGCUUUUGAUUUUACCUGCUUAGUGUUUCGGUGGAAUAGCUGCUGCAUUUUCAAACUUUGGUUUGGGUUGUGGAUCUCUUGGUAAUGUGAAGGCUGAUGAGGUUUUUGAAGACACUGUUGCUGUUGUUCAUUGAGCUUUGAGAAGUUCUUCAUCACUCAAGGUCUCUAAAGAUGGUUUUGCACAUAUACCAACAAGUUGCAGCUUAAAGAGUUGUCGUAAUUGAUUCUGUAAUUCAUGGGUAAAAACAGGCCAUAGCAAAUGUCAUGAUAAGAAAAAUGAUCAAAUAGUUCUGGCAAAAGAGCAAAACCAAAUCAGGUUUGAUCAUUUAGCAGUCGCAAAGGUGGUAGUGUCUCUUUAUUGUUAUAUUAAUGGUGAAAGUAGUAUAAUUUGCUGGUAGGCAAGAAUGGUCCUUAUUUAUAUUAUUGCAUUGUUUCUAUUAUUUUCUAAAUUUCCUUUUUUGAGUCUUCUCAUCAUUGUUGAUUUAAAAUAAAGAAAACAAAUUUAGCAAUUGAUAUGUGCGAAUUUACGGAAUAAAAAAAGUGAAAGAGCACUGGCCACCAAAUAAAUAAUGUGAGUAUACUAUUGUUUUGACCUCCCCAAGACACCUAAAAAUUUUGACAUAAUAGUUUUAAAAGAAAGAAAUGAUAGUUUGGCUCUCCAAAAAUGAUCUCUCUUUGAUAGAAAGUACCAAAUAUGGCGUUUUUUUUUUAGAAUUUAUUUGUGUAGUUUAAUUGCUUUGCUUUUGCAGUGCAAAGUUUUUUGCUAUUAUUAUUAUUGUUAUUAUUAUUAUUAUUAUUAUUAUUCAUUUUUAAACUUGUCUUUAGGAUUUGACUUAGAACGAAGGAAGAAGAAAAGGAUAGAACAAUACUAUGAAGAAGAACUAAAAUUUUAUACCAAUACUGAUUAAUUAUUAGUCACACUUUGAAAAAAGAAGAGAUGCAUUUUCCAAAUAAUUGAUAGACUGGAUAGUUGUUUUAAAUAACAAGUUACUUCUAUCCAUAGGUUGGUCCAUGUGAUAGUGUCAAUCACACUGUCGAAUUUGGAAAAGCUACAUGCAAAGAUAAAUGUCAUGGCAAAGCUAAAUGAAUUUGAUAUGUUCAAUCGAAUAGAUAAUCACAUGGACUUCGAGCUUAGUUGAUUUCUACUUUUUAUUUCUCAAGUGGCACUAAAAUUUGAGCAUAAGAUCAGGAAAGGCUAUAAGCAUAUAACUCUGGCCCUUCUUAUGAGUGGCAAAUUCACUAUAUAUUCCUUUAAUAUCUUGAUUGUUGAUAUUUUUACAUUCAAGCAGAAGAGCUAACUUCAUGCCUGUGAAUAAUAUAAGUUUGCUUUCUGAAAAACAUUAUUAGUUUUUGGCUUAGGCAAUUUAAUGUGAUAUUGGCAAAGGUUUGACAUAGAACAGAACCCUAGGAAUUUUAUUGACUACUUUCAAAUGUGAUUUCAUUUGGGAUAGGAAUUUGGAUUACCAUUUCGGCUUCCUGGUGUGCUUAAGUGUUUUCUCCUAACUAAUGAAAAAGGAUAAUCUAACAUUGAUUGCAAAUCUUUUGGAUUGCACUUCAUGGUCAGGGGCUGGACCAGGGCUAAUGGACGAUGUUACUCAAGGUGCUCUUCAAUUGAAGGCUGACAAGGAAGAAUUGCGAGUAGAAAAGUUAAAGGACAAAGAGGAAGUAGAAGACUUAACUCAUGAAAUGGCUGAGCUACGGUAUUGAACUCUCACUCCUAGACCUCAAGCUUCAUCUCUCCAACUCAAGUAAUCGUUGGCAGGAAUGGACUUUGGUGGAUGGAUGGAAGUGGUCAAGGCCUAAUGGAGGGCAUGCAGGACUAAUAUUUGUCUUUCACAAUUUUUUUCAAAAAUUAAUAUUAUAAAACAUUAAUUGAUAACAUAUAUAAUAUCUGAUAUGUCUAAUUGAAUAUUGAUCAAAUAUAUUUAUGAAAAUUUAUUAAUUUAGUCAUUUUUGUCAAUUACAAAAAUCUUAUUCCUAAUAUGACAUAGUGAUUAAAUUGAUAGAUUUUCGUAAACAUAGUUAAUUCAACGUCUAAUUGAACAUAUUAUAUGUUAGGUAUGCUAUCAGUUAAUAUUUCACAUUAUCAAUUGGUGACAAAAUUUGUGAGUGGAUUAACCGAAAGACAAAUAUAAUUAAUUCGUAAUCUUUGAAAGACUAAUUUGAUUAAAAAAUUUUUCAGAAACGAACUGCUAAUUUAAUUAUUAACCUUUUAUUUAUUUGUUCACUUUUAUGCAUGUGCUUGACGUUCGUAUUAAAUUGUUAUAACUAGAAGACUAAAACUAGACAUCAAUUAUUGUUUGAGGUCAAUUACAAACUUGUUCUUUUCUUUUCACCUUGGAUGAUGAUAUUAUAUGGACGAUAGGUGGGUAGGUUUAUUGUAUUCACUUUUCACCAUGGGAAAUAAAAGAAAAUUAAAAAUUAAAAAAAAUAUAUUUUCACUAGAAUAAUCUGGUUCACUUUUUUUUCACUAGAAUCUUCUGCCAAAAGCAGGGCCGCAUUCGAGAUGAUUGCUCCUUUGGGACUAUAUAUUAAAUUUCAUAAACUAAGCAAACUAGGUAGCUUAGAUUAAUUAGGCACGUAAAAACUAAUAAACAAUAAUGGGUGUUUUUGAUAGUAUUGGAGAGCUGUGUGAGGAAUGGUGUGGAAUACAGCACAAAAGUAGAAACAAUACAGGGAGUGGAAAUAAAGGUGAAGAUGGAUUGUGAAGGGUGCGAGAGAAGGGUGAAGAAAUCAGUGGAAUGGAUCAAAGGCGUGACAGAAGUGGAAGUUGAACCCAACCAGAGCAAGUUAACCGUAAAGGGUUAUGUGGAUCCAAAGAAAGUGUUAGAGCGCGUGAGGCAGCGCACUGGGAAGAAAGCAGAGUUAUGGCCAUAUGUACCAUACGACGUCGUUUCGCACCCGUAUGCGCCAGAGGCUUAUGACAAGAAGGCUCUGCCUGGGUACGUCAGGAACGUGCUCUUGGAUCCAGGAGCUUCUCAACUGGCACGUGCUAGCUCCUUUGAGGUCAAGUACACCACAACCUUCAGCGAUGAGAACCCCAAUGCUUGCACUGUUAUGUGAAUAUAACAUAACAUGUUAUCUUAUCUUGGUUAAUCAAUCCUGUGCAUGUCAUAUGUGGAGCUUCAUGUACAGUGUCAUUGUAUUUGUAAAAAGUGGCGGGUUGUUCAGGAAGCACUCUGCCAUAGUUGUUAAUGCAGUGAAU